AUGACCAAUUCACGAUAUCCAAAGUUCCAUAAAUAUGUGACCCGCGUUUACAUAGUCGUUGCGAUAAUGAUAAUAACGGUGAUGCUAGCAAGUUCUUUCGUCGAUAAUGACGAAUUCCCAAAGUCGACCAUCAUAACGGUAGCAGGAUUUUUGGUGUUCGCAUAUUUGGUUUAUUGGGCCAUAGUAAGGUUGAAUUGUUAUGGCCCACCGAAUUCACAACAACAUCGUCGGGGUGAUAAUAACAAUCAGGGGAUGAUCUAUUCACAAGGCAACCGAUCCUCCACUUCAAUGCGAUCAUCAUCUUCACCACACGAAACCUAUCAAACAUAUGCAAGUUAUAGAUUUGGAGCUUUUUCCAAUCGACUGCGAAGUUUCAGCUCAUUUGCCUCAUCUCAGCAACGAGGUAAUGAUAAUGGCGAAGAGGAAAGCAGGAAUGACAACGAUACAAUAGAUGAUCAAUACAUGAGAGACAUGGAACAAGUAUUGUCAACACCUCCACCCACGUACACGAAAGCAUUACAAGAUGCGGGAUCUCCACCACCAUACAUAUCAAAAACAAGUUCUUUAGAUGGUAUAAUAACGAAUGUGGAGGAUGAUAAUAUUAAUAGGAAUGUUAGGCCCAGAUCCGAGUUACUGACACAAUCGAGACCUACAUCAUUUAGAACAUUUACAUCGAGUUCAUCGACAGAUGGUGGAUCAGCAGUUCAGGUGCCAUCGCAAUCGUAUCGGCCUAAUUCGAAUUCGAACGCCUUGACCAUUGACAUGAAUCACUCUCCCAUAAUAACCUCAUCACCCCCGGUUCGUCUUAUUCCACCAAUACCAACCGGAAAUAAUGGCGAAUUGCGACCUCCUACGAGGCCAGUUCCCCCAGUACCAGAACAAAACGGAAGUGUGAUGCAAGAAACUCAUCUCUCACAAUCUCUAUCGUGGAUUUCGACUGGACUAGGUCGCAACUCGAACUCAUCUAUCAUAAUAAAUAUAACUGACAACCGUCCAUCAAUACCUCAUUCGCAAACAGCCGCUGAUGUGUCGAACACGUCGCCAUCUACUACACCCGAACAGAAUGCAGUCACGCCAUCACGCAACUCCGCAUUGCAUGAGUAA